AUCCAUGCCCUAGCAGUCCCGGUUCCGCCUCCGCCGGGAGCUGGGCCAGAAGAUGGCGGCGGCCGCGGAGCUGAAGCUGCUGGAGAAGUCUUUGGGGCUGAGGCCGGGGAAUAAGUACAGCGCUCAGGGCGAGCGACAGGUUCCAGUUCUACAAACAAACAAUGGCCCAAGUCUAAUGGGAUUGGCUACCAUCGCAACCCAUCUAGUCAAGCAAGCCAAUAAAGAGUACUUGCUAGGGAGCACCGCAGAAGAAAAGGCAGUCGUUCAGCAGUGGUUAGAGUACAGGAUCACCCGAGUAGAUGGACACUCCAGUAAAGAAGAUACCCACAGCCUGCUGAAGGAUCUUAAUUCCUAUCUUGAAGAUAAAGUCUACCUCGCAGGAUAUAACUUUACCUUGGCAGAUAUCCUUCUGUACUACGGGCUCCACCGCUUCAUAGUUGACCUGACAGUUCAAGAAAAGGAGAAAUAUCUUAAUGUGUCUCGCUGGUUUUGUCACAUUCAGCAUUACCCAGACAUCAGGCAACAUCUGUCUAGUGUUGUCUUCAUCAAGAACAAACUCUAUGCUAACUCCCACUAGAAGCCUCUGCAGUGCGACAGCAGCAGCAGAAGAGUAAUGGAAGAUAUAUUUUGGACCAUGGUACUAAUGUCAAUUACUAUGACGUCAUUGUUUCUUUGUUAAUGUUGGUAGAAUUUUUAAAGUGUAAACUCAAGUCUGAAUGUUUUAUUUGUCCCUUAGUUGAAGCUUUGCAAUUUUUUAAUGUAAAAAUUCAACUGUUAUCCAAACAAAUCACGAUUGGAUUACAAAUUAUCUCAUAUUUAUAGGUGAAAUUCAUUUUAAUAAAAAUUGCAAAUCAGUGGGUCAAUCUUUAAAAAGUCAGCCUGUCAGUGUUUCACAUCUGCUUCUUCAUGUUUUUAAAAUUCAUUUUCCUCUUAGAUAUUUAUAGUAGUUUAUUAAAAGCUAUGAUAAAUUAUGCUGAGGAUUCAGAAGGGAAGAUAGAUAUUUGUUCUCAAAUUAUUUAUGUGAGCUAGUAAAUGUGAUUUUAAAAAUCAA